GGGCUGAGCGGAGGAGGAGCGGGUGGGGCCUGGCUGGGAACAGAGGCAGACUGUGGUCACUGACCGGAGACUCCACUGGCUUUUAUUCUACUCAAAUCAGACCGCAUGUGUCUGACCCAGGGGUCCGCCUGCUGCCGGGAGCCAACUGCACUCAUUUCCCCGAUAUCUGACAGAUGGAUGCGGUGCUGUCGUAGGGGAGGAGGAUGAACAAAAUCGCCCGAUAUAUUUUUUGGCGUUUUCGCUCAUAGCCUAUUUAUGGGAGGCAGCAGCGGCUUGGCCCUUUCUUUAUUAUAGGAACGAGAUCUCCGCGGUUAGCUAUGUGAAGAGCAGAUCGCCUAUCCUCAUUUCGUGAUCCUGACGAAUAAUUAUGAACAACGCUCAAGAUAUGUCGCCCGAUUUCGUGUUGAUGCGCCUGGUUUCCGCGGCCGAAGAUGACCGCUUGGACGCAGAAAACGGGAAUCUGCCUCCGGGAGGAGUGGUGGCAGGGCUGGGGAAGGAGGUCCUGGCUCACAGCGGCGUCAAAGCGGGUUUGGAUAUCAGCCGAGAUCCGACGGCGGGCCUCGAGCAUCCCAGCAGCCACCUGAACAAAGCCCAGCCGAGCGGCGAGGGCACGGCUGCACCUGACACCGGGGUGACGGAGAGCCGAGCCCCGCUGUCUGCGCCUCCCCCGCCGCAGAGCUCCAUGGAGGCCCAGGGCUUCGACUUCGCUCCCAGCUCCGGCCUACGGCCUCAGCUGCUUGUCUUCUCCAAUAUAAUGCGGAACGGAGAGGGGAUUUUAGAAUUAGACCGUCGGAAUCAGCCGAGGGAUGUUCUGGAGCAGAGCCCGGGCUCUGGCUGCUCCGGCCCAGCUGUCAAUAACAACAGCCUGAGUCCCGGAGACGUCCAGCAGCAGCAGAACCUGCUGGACCGGGCAUGGGGAGCGCAUCCGCCAGUCUCUGUAUCUGCAGAGAUGCAGGGAGCUGCGGAACUGUGCCGCCGGCAUCGACUCAUCAGCACCCCGCCCGAGUGGCCCGUAUUGUCGGAGCGAUCCAACCCUCUCACCGUGAUCGACUCGAAAUGGGGAUGCGCCACUAGGGACAGAGAGGGAGCCGUGUUCGAGCUGGCCCGGCGGUUCGGAGAGCUCGGGGUUGGCGCGGUCCCCAAGAUGCUGUUCAAAGCAGGGGAGCUCCCGCAGUGUUCGUGUCAGGGUGCACACGGGCCGGGAGGAGGGGGAGUCGAGCCCGGCGAUGACCCGACAGAGACUAGCGAUGCUUUGUUGGUGCUGGAGGGGCUGGGGAGCGGGGACGUGGACGGCCUGGGCAUGGACGAGUGCCCGGAGGACGACGCGGACGAUGAGAACCGACGCCGCGAGUUUUUACUCAACAGGAAACGAGAAAUAGUUCAGAAAAUGUCCGGAGCUUUCUCCAUCAGCAGUUUCCAGGUGGAGCUGAGGAGGCAGGUGGAGGACAUGGUCCCGGCGGCGACCGAAGCGGCGGCAGCGGCGCACCUUGGCGCGCAGGUGUGCAGCCUCCACGGGAACCUCUCCAGCCGGCUGUCGCAGGUAAGCUCUGGGAACACAGAGGUUGUCAGUCACGUUUCAGCCAAGUCACCGUCGCCUACGCCGGUCCAGAGCUCACCCUGGGCCACGAGCCCAAACCCGAGCCAGGCGUCGACACCCAGAAGGCGGCCGGAGCGGUGCGCCAGUGCGCCGCGGACUCCCACAGGCAGGGCCGCGAGUGGAGAAAAGACGCUCAAAGUUCCAGGAAAGUCCAAAAAGGGCUCGUUAAAGAUCCGACUGAGUAAACUGUUCCGGACUAAAAGCUGCAGCGGCUCCAGUCACCUCCUGGACAAGAGGCCCUCAGUGACAUAUUCAGUAUCUUCUGCCGGGAGUCUGGUGGACAUGGCGAGUUCAGUCAGAGCUGAGCAGGAUGCAGACAGCCACAGCCAGCCCAGACUGACCAGGGCCCACAGUGCCUUCUCCCCUGCCUCCCUCUCUGCCUCCCUCUCUGCUUUCACUGGUGAGACUGUUUCUCUGGUGGAUGUGGACAUUUCGCGACGAGGGGCGAACACGCCUCACCCUCCCACGCCUCCCCCUCCUCCACGCCGAAGUCUCAGUCUUUUAGAUGACAUAGCCGGGCCUCAGCCUGGUCCUUUCCUAGUGAGCGUCAUGGGCGCCUCCCUGCAGUCCCUCCCGCUGCCUCUCCCUCCUCCUCCUCCUCCCUCCCACGCCACCAUCCAGCACAGUCUCAGCCUCAAUGACGCCUUCCUCCGGGCCCUUCCUCAUUCGAACCCAUCUCCAGCUGAUGCUCCGCCCCCCAGCAGACAGGCUCCUCCCCCCAUGCUGUGUGCCCUGAGGCGGUCAGAGGCCAGCAACUUCACCGCCAGUCUGAGAGAGCUGGAGAAGUGCGGCUGGUACUGGGGACCCAUGAACUGGGAGGAUGCAGAGAUGAAGCUGAAGGGGAAACCGGAUGGAUCUUUCCUGGUCCGCGACAGUUCAGACCCUCGAUACAUCCUGAGCCUCAGCUUCAGGUCGCAGGGAGUCACACACCACACACGCAUGGAGCACUACCGAGGGACAUUCAGUCUGUGGUGCCACCCGAAGUUCGAGGACCGCUGCCACUCUGUGGUGGAGUUCAUCGAGCGAGCCAUCAUGCACUCCAAGAACGGCAAAUUCCUCUACUUCCUCCGCUCCAGAGUCCCAGGGCUUCCUCCCACUCCGGUCCAGCUGCUGUAUCCUGUAUCUCGCUUCAGCAACGUGAAGUCACUACAACAUCUCUGUCGCUUCUGCAUCCGACAAAUAGUCCGCAUCGACCACAUCCAGGAGCUUCCACUGCCCAGACCGCUGAUCUCCUACCUGAGUAAGUUUUAUUACUACGACCCUGAGGAGGAGAUGUACCUGUCAAUCAAAAGCAUCCGGAGGGUGGCGGGAGCUGAGCAGGAGGCCGAGUCGCAGACGUAGCAGCAGAGAUCUUCUCAGCUCAAGUUUCUUAUGGAGGACUGAUCUGCACUGCUCUGCCAGUCUUCCAGCAUCAGCCAAUCAGAGUCCCUGGAAAUCAGUGUGUCCAGUUGGACAGGGAUGGAUGGACCCUCCUCUGUGUUGAUUUGGACUAAUGAAAGGAGGGAGGAGUGUUUGCAGCUGGAUGGUGGGAAACAUGUUGACAUGAAGUAUAGAUGCAGAGCACUCAGUCACGUCUGAGGAGGGACUGCAGAGAUGCUCUCACCUGAAAACAUGUUGGCAGACACAAAGAGAGAGCCUCAUUUUUCCAAUUUCCUGAACCUGCUGAACUGGACUUUUAAAACACAAUGCACUGGUCAGUUUGUACAACUGUUGUUUGCUGCCAUUUCCUUGUUUUUCCUUCCAUUCUGUCACAAUGAGGGAUUUUAGAUUGAAAGAUGCCCUCAUGACAGAUAUACACACUGAGGCAGGGCAGCAGAGGCUGAUCACUCAGCAUGGCUGCUUAUCUCCAGCAUCAGUAACUGAACCCUGAAAUUUGGCCCUCAGAAUCAGCUGAAUCUGGAUUUAGUUUUUUCCUGAGAGGAAACGGUGACAUUUCUUCAUUUUGUUGUCAUUCCUUUAACAUGCUGUGAUGUAGCUGGAUAAAGAUAACUUAUCUUUUACAUGCAAGGCGAGAUUGCGUAUGUAAUUUGAUUUAUCAUAAAUUUGCAGCACUGAAGAAGAAUAUCAGCUACAUUUGGCCAUUCACUUGCAGAGGCUGCACAGGCAAGGUUCAAUAAUUUCAUCAAAGGAGAACCAUGAGAUUGGAGGCAACAGUUAUUUUCACUAUUAAUAUGUGUGACAGCUAUUUUCUUAAAUAAUUGACUAUUUGGUGUAAAAAAGUGUCAUUUUUAACUGACACCCAAGUGAAGGCCAGUCUCACAAAAAUGUCCUAUAGCUGCUUUGCUCCAUAGAGCAAAAAUGUAUUAUUUUAUGAGAUACUGACAUUUCAGGGGCUGUUUUUGGGUUACUCAUCAUCCUUGCAACAUAGAAAAGAAUGAAUUUAUUGUUUCCUGUUUGCAUGGGUGUAUUUUAAACCAAACUGUGAUCUUUUUCUGAAUCUAGCUAAGAAGUUCUGCAGCGUAAACAAUAACAAAAAGUGGGUGAAAACAAGAGAUGACAGUUAAAAAUAAAAGUGAACCCCACCUGAAAAUGCCUUAAAACAAACAUCCCACAGGAGACUAAAACCCUGAAUCCUGAGUGAAAGCUCUGGGGUUCAUGCCACCUCCCCUCCAGCCUUUUUACAUGGACAUUUUUGGUCUUUUUAUGUGUAAAGUGACAGAAAUCAAGUCCGGUAUCUCACAAUUUUACAGCCUUUGCUAUGAAAUUAAUGUAGAUAUUACACAUUUUGGUAUGAGACUGUGCUGGACCAACAAUCAACAACCCAAAGAUGCUCCAUCAUAGAAAACUAAUAUUUACUCUGCCAACGACCGGCAGAGUUAUGUGACGAUUGGCAUUGGUUUGUCCGUUUGUCUGUCUGUUAGUAACAUUGCUCAAAAACAGACAAACGGAUUUGGAUGAAAUUUUCAGGGAAAGUCAGAAAUGACACAAGGACCAAGUGAUUAGAUUUUGGCAGUGAUGCAGCUUAUAGUCUGGAUCCACGGAUUUGUUAAAGAUUUCUGCAUCAUUGUGAGAUAACAGCACUGCGUCACUACUGCCUGCUGAUGAUCACAUGAUUGCAAUCUUACUACAAAUCCACCAUUGUGGACCACAGAUUUUUUAAAGAUUUCAUCCACAGGAAAUCAUACAACAACUGAGCAGCCUUGGUGUAGUACUGCACUCUCUGAGUGCUUUUCUUGUUUGUUCUUAGGGACUUAUCAGUCCAAAAUGAUACAAGGAACAAUUGAUUAAAUUGUGGGGGCGUUUCCGAGUCCCAUCAUUUCCCGCCGUCCGCUACAUAUUUAGGUCACAUGAUUCAGUAUCCAUACGUAACGUACACAUGCAUAACACACACCUGUGCUCAGCGCAAGGUCAUUUUGUUUGUGUUUGCAUCUAUAUUAAAUGGACACAUUCUAUGGCGCCAUGAUUUCUGCCACAAAUUCUUUCAAGAUUUCAACCGUCGGAAAUGAUACAGCAGCUGAGCAGCCUUGGAGGAGUUCUGUACUCGCUGAGUACUUUUCUUGUUAGAAUCGCAUUACAUUUUCUGGUUAAACAACAAGUUAAAUUAGUAAUCAAUCACCAAAUUGUUAAUGUUUUCCUUCCGUGUUUCUCAGUUGAUCAAUGAACUAAUCGAGCCAGUUCAACAGCGCUGGUCAGUUUCUGAGUGCUUGGGGGGAUAAUGAAGCUGAAGUCGGGUUUAAAGGAGGCCCUCAGGUGGUUGAUGCUCCCAGGUGAUAAACUUUAUGCCCAACAUUGACAGUAGUGCUACAUGCUGUGACAUUUAAAAUGGGAUACAAACUUUUGAAAUGAAAAACACCACAAAACUUUACAAGGUUAACCUGGUUGUCCAGUAGAUGAAGUUUAUGGUUUAUGAUUUUGCUUUAUCCAACAUUUUCUUUCUAACUUCCUGAUACGCUGCUGAACUUUGAGCUGGGAUGUAAACUGUGUCUCUGACCUCACCUGCUCCUUGCUUCUAUUCAGCCUGUUCUUGCAUCGGCCUAGUUAAACUCCUGCUCUCUAUUUGUUGCUCUUACAUGACAGCCUUCACUUCAUACUGCUGCUGUUUCCAUUUGGACGGAUAUUCAGAGGAAUACUGAAAUCACACCAAAGAAAAAUAUCCUCAGAAGUCCAGUUUACAUAACAAACAGGUGAUUUAACAGAAUUUGCUGAUUUAAGUUGGACUAUCACCAAUCACACAGCUCACUGGAACUGAAGGCAAUAAUAAGAGUUUUUCAAUUAAACACCAAACUAAUGUUGACACUGAUUACAGCCAGAUGCCUCAUUGGUUUCCCAUCAUGGCCUGCCUCUCAGUGUGUAUAUCUUCAGGACUGCUCUCUACCUGUCAGUUUGAUUUGUUGAAAUGCCCAGGUGUAUUUUGCUCAUUCUGUUUCUCAGUACCCUGAAGCUGGCUACUGGCUCAGCGUUUUCAGUAAAAAGAAGAAAAAUAAAUAUUGGUGUGUGCCAUA